CUCUCCUUCUUGACAAUAUAGAGAGAUCAGAAAAGAUGACCAAAAGAAUAGUUUUACAUUGAUAAAAUCAACAAGUUUGAAGUUUUUGGGUUGAAUCAGUGAUAUGUCAAACUCAUCCCCAAUGGAUUUUUAACCAUCUGAAUUAUCCAAAGAAUUCUUGAUGUCAUCAGGAGAUUCCCGAUCUAGUCGAUGGAGGCACUUUGUAGGUAUUCAUCAGACCAUGCUAUUUCUUCAUGUCUUCCCCCACUCGCAUGUCAUCUCCAACCCUGAAGGCUAAAAGCCUUGGAGCUAUAGAGAUUCCAUGGAGAUCCCACAGCACUCCACCAAUGACAGCUUCUCUUAUAGCUGGUUGAUGAACGUCGUCAAGUCCCCUCUCGACUCCUCCCAGGAGGACGGCGGCUCCUUCAUCGAAGUGGAUCCCAAAGUGUUCUCCAGGCGUUGGAAGACCGACUCCCUCGAUUUCGACUUCCAUCUCCCUACCCCUCAGUCUUCUGCGCUGGUUCAUGCAGAUCAGAUCAUCUCCGACGGCCUACUUCUGCCGCUCCACCUCGUCCACCCACCCACGGCCGCAGCCAUCUCCGAGUCUCCUGUGGACCCGGUUCUACUGAGAUCACUCUCGGUGGACUCAUCCAAAACGUUGCUCUCCCGAAGCAACCGGUUCCGGUCAUGCUACGACUGUGCAGCACCGAGACGGCCUAUGUCGUCCACUUCUUCGCCACUCUGCGGGCCACUGCAAAGCCUUCCUGCUUCUUCGAGCUCCGGCUCAUCGAAGAGCGAGUUCUCGACGAGCACCAAGCGGAAUUUACCUCUCUUUGGUGCCUCUGCAGGGUCUUCCAAGAGGUUCCUCGGGAAGUACUUACCCUUCCUGCUGCCUUUCUGUCGGAAGGUCAAGGGAUUGGUAUCGAUCAGGAAGCCAAGGCGCUCCAGGUUGAGCUCGGCAGCAAGUUGCAUGGAGUCGAUCGGAUCAUCUUCGAGGCACAGUGAUGCGUUCUCGAGCUGUGAGUCGUAUCGCGGCAAGACGACGGUUGAUGCGGGCACUGAAACAGCUAUACACGACGCCGUCCUCCAUUGCAAGAAUUCUUUCAACAUGUCACGGUGAAGAAGGUUUAGCGAGUAGAGUUGUCUGUGCAACGCUUCUGUAUAUUACCAGACUCUCUAUGUUGGUGAAGAACAGCCGAGGAGGGCAUCUUGUUCCUGUGAUUUUUGUGCUUCCUGUCGUUUGUCAGAUGAUGAUCAUCUACUGAUGGAGAUGAAUGGCAUAAUUCUUCCUUUC